AUGAAUUUGACACCGGGGGAAAGCAAUGUGACCGGAGGAGCUGUGAGCUCCAGGGACGCGUUUGUUAUGGCUUUUGGCAAGAAUGUGAUCGUCGUCCUCUUCGGCAUCACCAUCAACUACAUCAAUGCUACGAUGGUCCACACGUUCAACAAGCAUCAUAUCUUCAAGAUCAACCCUCGCUUUAUCCUUUUCAUCCACCUGGUGGUCAACGACAUGAUCCAGCUGACAACCAGCAUCUCCCUCUUCGUCUUCACCUACACCUUCCACACCAUCUAUGUCUACUUCUGCUGCCUCCUCAUCUUGCCAGCCAUCUUCACCACUCAAAACACCCCUCUGAAUUUAGCUUUUAUGGCAGCAGAGUGCUACAUUGCUGUCUGCAUUCCUCUCCGCUACAACUCCAUCUGUACGGUCAAAAGAACAUAUAUUGUCAUUGGGAUAAUCUGGACACUGAGUUCACUGUCCGUCCUGCCGGAUGUCGUCAUCCUUUUGGCCACUCAACCUCUGCAGUUCUUAAAUUCCAGAGUGUUCUGCAGUAGGGACAUUGUGUUUAGGAGCACCUACAGUCUAAAGAAGAGGGAUGCAUCACACAUAUUGUUUCUGGUAGUGGUUUGGCUCACUCUGUUCUACACUUACUUCCGAAUUUUGUUUGUUGCCAAAGCUGCUAAAGCAGAUGCUAAAAAGGCGAGAAACACUAUCAUGCUUCACGGCUUUCAGGUGCUGUUGUGUAUGAUGGUUUAUGUGCAACCAAUGUUAUUUGCCGUGCUCACAUACUUUUUACCAGGAAGUUUAGCAGCUAUUAACUUUGCUCUCUUUAUCAUCAACCAAAUCCUCCCUCGCUUUGUUAAUCCUGUUGUCUACGGGUUUCGAGACAAGACUUUCAGGAAGUACAUCAAAAGGUAUCUGUGUAUAGUAAACUGCCACGGGGCACAUCUCAGAAAAUAA